CGACGCCAUAUUGACGUGUUUGUUUACAUUUCGUUAUAAAUUAAAUAAAGUAAUCUACACAAAAAGAUUGUUGAUGUUAGCUGUUACAACGAUAAGAAAAAUAAGAAAAUAUUCCAAUAAUUCACAAUUAUGACCCUAUAGUACUUCGUAAUAAAAGCGUAGUAUUCGGAAAGUUGUAUAAUGGAAUGUAUAAUUCAUUCUAGACAAACUACUUUAAUUUGGAACAUCUGGUACAACAAAUAUAAGACGACUGAUAAAGAAGAGAUUUCCAUUAUUAGCAUGGCUGCCCUCUUACAAUUUUCAAACAUUUUCACAAGAUUUUCUAGCUGGUAUAACUGUUGCUCUAACAGAAAUUCCUCAGGGUAUCGCUUAUGCAAUUGUAGCGGGUCUUCCUUCUCAAUAUGGACUCUAUGCUGGUUUUAUGGGAUGUUUCAUGUAUUUCAUGUUGGGCAGUUGUAAAGAUAUCAAUAUAGGACCAACAGCUAUAAUGGCGUUAAUGAUUCAACCCUACGUUUCCAGUAUGGGUAUUGCCGGUGGUAUUUUGAUAACGUUCCUAUCGGGAUGUUUGAUUUUUCUAUGCGGUUUACUGCAUUUAGGAUUUAUUGUGGAAUUUUUUUCUUACCCUGUGAUAGCAGGAUUUACUACAGCGGCUGCUUUCAAUAUAGCUUCGUCUCAAAUUAAAUCUCUGUUAGGUAUACCGGGGAAAUCGGAUACUUUUCUAACCGCUUGGAUAUCGGUUUUUGAAAAUAUCAAAAAAACCCGAUUGGCAGAUACUUUGAUGGGAUUUUUCGUCAUAGUGUUCCUAGUUAUAGCAAAAGAAAUAAGAAGAUACGGUUCGUUAAAACAACGUCCAGAAUGGACAAGAAAAAGAUAUAUUAUCGGGGUGAUUAUUUUUAUGUUUUCUUUGGCAAGUAACGCCAUUGCUGUGAUGUGUUGUAGCGUAGUAGCCUACAUUUUCAAACAAUACGGACAAAUGCCAUUUAAGUUGACAGGUGAAGUUCGUGGUGGUUUACCCUCUUUUACUUUACCACCUUUCAGUACAAAUUUCAACGGUACCGAAUUUAGAUUUGAAGAUAUGAUGACCGAAUAUGGUACCGUAGUUAUAUUUUGUCCUUUAAUAGCAGUUUUAGAACACAUAGCGAUCGCGAAAGCGUUUUCUAAGGGAAAAUCAUUAGACGCUACUCAGGAGAUGAUAGCGUUAGGUGUUUGUAAUAUAAUGGGUUCGUUUGUACAAUCUAUGCCAGUAACUGGUUCGUUUACUAGAACAGCAGUUAACAAUGCUUCCGGAGCUAAAACCCCAGCUUGUAGUAUCAUUACCGGUAUUAUGGUGUUAGUUGCUUUGGGAUUUUUAACUUCUACGUUCCAAUACAUUCCCAAGUCUACUUUAGCUGGGGUUAUCAUGGUCGCUAUGUAUUAUUUGUGCGAUUUUCAAGCGUUCAUUUUACUUUGGAAAUCUAAAAAAUUGGAUCUGAUACCUCUAACGGCGACUUUGGUGUGUUGCCUCUUCAUCAAUUUGGAAUACGGUAUUUUGAUAGGUCUGGCUGUCAAUAUAGUGUUCGUGUUGUAUUCGUCGGCUAGACCGAAAAUUGAAAUCGAAGAAAUAUCCCCGUUAUAUUAUUUAGUUAAAUUCAAAUCAGGAUUACAUUAUACUUCAGCCGAAUAUUUGAGAGAAUACAUUCUGAGUAUGUGUACGUCCCCUAAUAGUACGGUAAUUAUCGAUGGGGAAUAUAUUGGCAACAUUGACGCCACCGUAGCCAAGGUAAGUUCAUUUGCAACAGUUUCUAGUUUGUUCCAGGUAAAAAAGAAGAAGAAUCUAACCGAUUAUUGUAGUUAUUCGUUGUUGGUAAUAAUUCUGGGUUAUCAAGAAAUAAAUUUACAACCGGCACCACUGUAUUUUUUUUCUCUCUCGAAUUUGUUAUUUAUGUGAUUGAAUUUUUAGAGUUUGAAUGGGCUCAAAGACGAAUUACAAAUUCGAAACCAAAAUAUAAUAUUUUGGAAUUUCAAAAAAACUGUGAUAAAUACUUGCUUAGGUGUAAAUUCGGAUUUGGGAUUGAAUGUGAAAGAAGAAAGUUUGGAACAAAUUAUUGGUAAGUAGGUGAGUUUUUGCUGGAUUUAUUGAUUUUUUUUGGAUAAUUUUGCAUUUUUUGUUGUUUCAGCUUCCUAGCUUCACAAAACCAUCGAGAAUUCAAUGCGAUUAAUUUUUUUAUUCUUAUUGUAUAUCAAAUAAUAAAAUUUAUUACUUCCAA